GCAAGGCGGACUGACGUGUGCAGUGUUUAUGCCACGCUGGGCGGAGGCCGGCGGUCUGCACGGGUUCGGGCUGCAUGUCGGUGUCCGGUGAGAACGCCCCGCGGGGCCGUUCGCGCAUUCUGUGCUACUGAGACACUCGGUCGGCAACGGGAUGAAGACGUUGUUUGACGAAAUCAAAGCAUCGAUUAAAAACAAUUCCGACCACGAGCGUUCGUUCUGGAGACCCGUGCUGCCAUGGGGUGGGGUUUUCACCAUCAAGGCUGGGCGCAAGGCCGUGUCCUGCACACCUCUUUACGUCGAGAUAACGCUGAAGAACACCUGCACCAUCGACGGGUUUUUGAUGCUCCUGUACGUGAUCCUGCGCGAUAACGACACCUUCCCCAGGGAGCUCUCCCUCUACCUUGGCCGCGACUUCGUCGACUGCUUUCUUCACCUCAUGGACUCCUGCAGCUUUACGUCGGUGAAGCUGCUCUGGAUAUGGGACAAGAUGGAGAAGCGCCAGUACAAAUCCGGCGUUCACAAAGCGUCCUUAGAAAUCGACUUGUUCGGGAACGAGCACGAGAACUUUACCAGGAACCUGGAACAUCUUAUGGCUACGAUUCAAGAGAGCUACUGCUCCAACUCGAGGUGUCCGGCGCGCCUUCGGGAGAGCCAGAUGCAAACCAUCCUCAUCAAUCCUCCUCACGAUAUUCCCCACGGGGACCUUAUUCAGAUCGCGGUCGACGAGCUCUUCUGCUCCAAGAUGGAAAUGUGCGAAGAAUCCGGGUGUGGCUGCUUGAGAGAGUUUUCUGCUCGAAUAUUCUGCCAUGGAGCACCUCCUUUUGUUAUAUUAAACAUGGAACAGUGGAAGUCAGAAGAACUGGCUUAUGUUCCCUAUUGCUUGGAUUUGGUGGACCACAAAUACUUUCUAGAAGGCGCCACGCUCUUCAACAAGGAGGAACAUCACUACUCGGCAGCCUUCCAGAUCGACGGGUACUGGAUGCACUACGACGGCCUCAGGAGCGUCAACCUGACCUUGUUAAACAAACCGCCGGAGUUGCUUCUGCUUUCUUCGUUAGUAUACGUACGCGUAGCAGAGAAAGAACAUUAGUGGAGGGGGAAUAAAGGUGCGGAGCGAGAAGGGGGGGGGGGAUAGCCACAGCCCUGGUACCGAAAGGGUUCAUUGCACAUGAUCACUUGGCAUCCAAGAAUACAGUUUGGACUACACUAGUUCCUAUAGGGUGAAUUUGGGAGGGAAUUAAUAAUGGGGGGAAAAAUACAGCGGGUCAAAAAAAAUUCUAUGCAAUACUUUAUAAAAAUCUCUACUUAUUUCUAUUUUUUUUAUUCACAUAUUUUACCGGAUAAACAAGGCUUCCUUGAUACGCCCAGAAGUCUUGUCUGUGAAAACUUUACUCUACGCUGUCAUUUUUUCCAGCACGGUUUUAAAUCAUGUUUAUAUGGGGUUCGGAAGUAAGUCCUGCAGAUGUUACCUCCGGAGGAAAGUCUGGCCGGCAGCACUGGGUGACUAUAACAAUCAUUUUUUGUAGGUUUCAGACAUACCCAAUAAUAAUAAUAGUAAUAAUACAAAAUGAAAACGUCUAUUUUUGUAAAGGGAAUUUACAACAAAAAAUAAAUAUUGUAAGAACACCUUAAAGUAUAUGAAUGUGUCCUGAUUUAAUGGAAAUAGAGUCAGGUGCUAAAUCUCUGCCAGUGAAUUGGAGACCAGGCUGUCAAAGAACGGAAGAAAUAGGAGUGAAAGAAAACA